AUGAACAAACAAGUUUCCUAUCUUAAUUUGGAUGUUGAAUAUUUUGAUGCCAUUUCCAAAUUUAAUAAAAUACUUAACAGAUUUACUAAUGAAAAUGGAAAACUAACCGUUGGUCAAAGAGCUUGUUACAUUACUCAUUAUUUAAUCUAUAAUCAAAUAAUUGAUGAAGGCUUAAAUAACGUUUUAAUUCUAGAAGAUGAUGUGGACUUCGAAACUAACAUCACCGAUAUUAUGACUGAUAUUCAUCGUAAUUUACCAAAAUCUUGGGAUACAUUACACCUAGGUCAUUGUUAUGAAGUGAAAGGUAAACUUGUAGGCAAUAGUUCAUUUCCAAACAAAUUGUAUGAAGCAAUGUUCCCACAAUGUACACAUGCUUAUGCAAUUUCGAACUCUGGAGCCCACAAGAUGCUACAAGCGAUAGAUCCUAUGAAUCCACGAGGACCGAUUGAUUAUGAGAUUUCACUGCAAACUAAAUAUAAGAGGAUCACAUCAUACAGCGUUCACCCACAACCUAUUAUACAAAGUAAAAUUGACAAUCCAUCUGAUGUCGCUGUAACAUCGAAUUAUCCAUUUGAGUUAACAAAUUCUACCAUGGUUUUACUUGGGCUUCUUGGAACAUAUGAUAAACAAUGGAUGCGUAAAAUUUAA